AUGGAAAAAUCUAACAGAGACCUUGCUUUGGUCACGACCCUUCUGAUUUUGCUUAAACUAUGCAGCAUCGUAUCUUGCACCACGAGCACCUCAAUCACCAGAAACCACGCGAUACGAGACGGAGACUCACUGAUCAGCGGAGUUUUCGAGCUUGGAUUCUUCAGCCCGAAAGAUUCAACUUCCAGGUAUGUCGGAAUCUGGUACAAGAACAUCCAACCUCGAACAGUUGUCUGGGUAGCGAAUCGAGAGAAGCCAUUGUCUGAUCAAAACGGAGCCUUGAAGAUUGCUGAUGACGGGAACUUGGUGAUAGUCAACGGUCGAAACAACAUUGUUUGGUCCACAGACGUGCCCCUCAAGUUGAACAACACUGUUGCUAUUCUGUUGGAAGCAGGGGAUUUGGUUCUGUCUUCAGAUUCUGACAUGGACACUAGGUACUGGGAGAGCUUUAACAACCCAACUGAUACUUUCUUGCCCGGUAUGCGGGUUUGGGUGAACCCUUCAAUGGGAGAAAAUCACGCUUUUAUCCCGUGGAAAUCGGAAACUGAUCCUUCACCAGGAAGGUACUCAAUGGGGAUUGACCCCUUUGGGGCAAUAGAGAUUGUGAUUUGGGAAGGGGAAACGAGGAAAUGGCGAAGCGGACCCUGGAACUCAGCUAUCUUUACCGGUGUACCAGAUAUGUUCCCUCUAACAAACUAUAUUUAUGGGUUUAAGCUCUCUUCUCCUCCUGAUCCAGAUGGUAGCGUGUACAUCACGUAUGUUCCAUCAAAUAAGGAUGACAUAUUGAGAUUUCAGAUCAGAUAUGAUGGCAUUGUAGAGCAGUUGAGAUGGAAUAGGGUAGCCAGGAAAUGGGCUUCACUUCAAGUGAAACCCAGCAAGGAAUGCGAGAAGUAUAACCGUUGCGGUAAUUACAGCGUAUGUAAUGAUAGUAAAGACUUUAAUUCUGGUAAAUGUAAUUGCAUUUAUGGGUUUGAGCCGGCUUAUCGAAAUCAAUGGAACAAUAGAAAUUUCUCGGGUGGCUGUAAAAGAAAAGUCUCACUGAACUGUAGGCAGAGUCUGUCUCGGGAUAAAGUAGACCGGUUUAUGGUACUUAAAGGAAUGAAGGUUCCUGAUUUUGGAUCAGUUGUGUCUAUUAACAGCUCAUCAGGGACUUGUAAGGAUGUAUGCCUGAGGGAUUGCUCGUGUAAUGCUUAUGAGGUCGUACCAGGGAUCGGAUGCAUGAUUUGGACUCGAGAUUUGGUCGAUAUGGAGCAUUUUGAGCACGGUGGAAACUCCAUCAACAUCCGGCUAGCGGCAUCUGAAAUUGAUUUCUUGUGUAAGAAGAAAAAUAACACAGUUGCCGAAAAUAAAGAGAACAGAGAGAACAUAGAUUAUUCAGUUAAGUCUUCAGACUCGCUGAUCCAAGUUCUAGCAGGGGAUCAGGUUGACACACCCGAUUUGCCAACCUUCAGUUUCAACAGCGUAGCUUCGGCAACAGGAGAUUUCUCUGAAGAAAACAAGCUUGGACAAGGUGGAUUUGGUACUGUAUAUAAGGGAAACUUUUCAGGAGGGAGAGAGAUGGCAGUGAAGAGGCUAUCAGGCAAAUCUAAGCAAGGAAUAGAGGAAUUCAAGAACGAGAUCUUACUAAUCGCAAAACUCCAGCACCGGAAUCUCGUUAGAUUACUAGGAUGUUGCAUUGAGAACGACGAGAAAAUACUUCUCUAUGAAUACAUGCCAAAUAACAGCUUGGACCGUUUCCUUUUAGAUGAGAGUAAACGGAGAAGUUUAGAAUGGAGAAAACGAUGGGAUAUUAUUGGAGGAAUUGCAAGAGGACUGCUCUACUUGCAUAGAGACUCAAGACUAAAGAUCAUUCACCGUGACCUAAAAGCUAGCAAUAUCUUGCUGGACACGGAAAUGAAUCCAAAGAUUUCGGAUUUUGGUACGGCUAGGAUCUUCAACUACCGACAAGAUCAGGCCAACACGAUCCGAGUUGUCGGCACAUAUGGAUAUAUGGCUCCGGAGUAUGCAAUGGAAGGGAUAUUCUCAGAUAAAACUGAUGUGUACAGCUUUGGAGUGUUGAUACUGGAGAUUGUAAGUGGAAGCAAGAACGUUAGCUUUCGAGGGUCCGAACAUAGAAGUCUCAUCGGUUAUGUAAGUCUCUUUAUAUUUACGUUUGUUUGGUUCGUUUUUUUCUUUUUCAUUUCUAGAAACGUAUGUUCUAAAGGACAAAAUUUCAGGCACGGAGACUCACUGAUCAGCAAGGACAAAGUUUUCGAGCUUGGAUUCUUCAGCCCAAAAGAUUUAACCUUAAGGUAUGUCGGAAUCUGGUACAAGAACAUCCAACCUCGAACAAUUGUCUGGGUAGCUAAUCGAGAAAAACCUUUGUCUGAUCACAAAGGAGCCUUGAAGAUUGCUGAUGAUGGGAACUUGGUGAUAGUCAACGGUGGAAACAACAUCGUUUGGUCCACAAAUGUUCCCCUCAAGUUGAACAACACUGUUGCUAUUCUGUUGGAAGCAGGGGAUCUGGUUCUGUCUUCAGAUUCAGACAGGGACACUAGGUACUGGGCGAGCUUUAACAACCCAACUGAUACUUUCUUGCCCGGUAUGCGGGUUUGGGUGAACCCUUCCAUGGGAGAAAAUCGUGCUUUUAUCCCCUGGAAAUCGGAAACUGAUCCUUCACCAGGAAGGUAUUCAAUGGGGAUUGAUCCCUUUGGGGCAAUAGAGAUUGUGAUUUGGGAAGGGGAAAGGAGGAAAUGGCGAAGCGGACCCUGGAACUCAGCCAUCUUUACCGGUGUACCAGAUAUGUUUAACUUGACCAAUUAUAUUCAUGGGUUUAAGCUCUCUUCUCCUCCUGAUCCAGAUGGUAGCGUGUUCUUCACGUAUGUUCCAUCAAAUAAGGAUGACAUAUUGAGAUUUCGGAUCAGAUAUGAUGGCAUUGUAGAGCAGUUGAGAUGGAAUAGGGUAGCCAGGAAAUGGGCUUCACUUCAAGUGAAACCCAGCAAGGAAUGCGAGAAGUAUAACCGUUGCGGUAAUUACAGCGUAUGUAAUGAUAGUAAAGACUUUGAUUCUGGUAAAUGUAGUUGCAUUUAUGGGUUUGAUCCGGUUUAUCGAAAUCAAUGGAACAAUGGAAAUUACUCGGGUGGCUGCAAAAGAAGAGUCUCACUGAAUUGCAGGCAGAGUCUGUCUGCGGAUGGAGUAGACGGGUUUAGGGUACUUAAGGGAAUGAAGGUUCCUGAUUUUGGAUCAGUUGUGUCUAUUAACAGCUCAUCAGGGACUUGUAAGGAUGUAUGCCUGAGGGAUUGCUCGUGUAAUGCUUAUAAGGUCAUACCAGGGAUCGGAUGCAUGAUUUGGACUCGAGAUUUGAUUGAUAUGGAGCAGUUUGAGCACGGUGGAAACUCCAUCAACAUCCGGCUAGCGGCAUCUGAAAUAAGAGACAGGAAGGAAAAAACGGAAUUUUUAAUAACUGUUUUUAGUAGUAUAGGUGCAUUCCUGCUCGGGUUAUGCUGCUUAUGCAUUUGGAUCUUAUGCAAGUUCAGGAAAAGAGUUAAAGAUUUCUUGCGCAAGAAGAAAGAUAAUACAGUUUUGGAUAUCAGAGAUUACUCAGUUAAGUCCUCAUGCUCGCUGAGCCAAGUUCCAGCUGAGGAUCAAGUUGACACACCCGAUUUGCCAACUUUCAGUUUCAACAACGUAGCUUCGGCAACAGGAGAUUUCUCUGAAGAAAACAAGAUUGGACAAGGUGGUUUUGGUACUGUAUAUAAGGGGAUCUUUUCAGAAGGAAGAGAGAUGGCGGUGAAGAGGCUAUCAGGAAAAUCUAAGCAAGGAGUAGAGGAAUUCAAGAACGAGAUCUUACUGAUCGCGAAACUCCAGCAUCGGAAUCUCGUUAGAUUACUAGGAUGUUGCAUUGAAAACGACGAGAAAAUACUUCUCUAUGAAUACAUGCCAAAUAAUAGCUUGGACCGUUUCCUUUUUAAUGAGAGUAAACAAGGAAGUUUAGAGUGGCGAAAGCGAUGGGAUAUCAUUGGAGGAAUUGCAAGAGGAUUGCUUUACUUGCAUAGAGACUCAAGACUAAAGAUCAUUCACCGUGACCUAAAAGCUAGCAAUAUCUUGCUGGACAAAGAAUGGAAACCUAAGAUCUCCGAUUUCGGUAUGGCUAGGAUCUUCAAUUACCGACAAGAUCAGGCCAACACGGUCCGAGUCGUGGGCACAUAUGGUUAUAUGGCUCCGGAGUAUGCAAUGGAAGGGAUGUUCUCAGAGAAAUCUGAUGUUUAUAGCUUUGGAGUGUUGAUACUUGAGAUUGUAAGUGGACGCAAGAACGUUAGCUUUCGAGGUUCUGAACAUAGAAGUCUCAUCGGUUAUGCGUGGAAUUUAUGGAGCCAAGGAAAGACCAAAGAGCUAAUAGAUCCAACGGUGACGGAGAUUCGAGACGUAAAUGAAGCGAUAAAAUGCAUCCAUGUGGGGAUGUUGUGUGCACAAGACUCGGUGAUUCACAGACCAGACAUGGGUUUAGUUUUGUUGAUGUUGGAGAGUCAAACCAGUCACCUUCCACGACCAAGACAGCCUACCUUCCAUUCUUUCUUGAGCUUCGGCGAGACAGUGGAAAGUCAGGAUGUUGCCACGGUGAACGAUAUUACUUUGACUACUGUUGCUGGAAGAUGACUAAUUUGACACACACACAAAAUUGUUCUCCCCUUACUCUUUGACUUCUCAUUUUGUCUCUGGAAGUCUCUUAUUUUUCAACUUUUUCUGCAUAGACAAUAUUUGGUCUUGCUAAACAUUUUAUAACAUGUACAUACUUGAGUUUGAAAGUUGUGGAGGAAAAAU